AUGUGUCUCCUGCUUUGUGCUGCCAACGCACUGCGUUGCCCAGUUCCAUCGCAGCAGUUGGGCCAUUGGCAUGAUGGUCGUCGUCUGCAGUUCGCCGGUGCCACCGGAGCUAACAUCUCAGCUCUGCCGGCGAGCGGCCGCAACAUCAAGCUUUCCACCGCCUGCAUGCCGGCGAGAACUGCUGCGGAACAAGAAUCACUGAGGUUUCCGAUGCAAGCUGACGGCCUGGCGAAUGUGCUGGCUAUCGGGACUGCCAACCCGGCCAACUGCGUACUGCAGGAGGACUACCCGGAUUGGUUCUUCCGUGUCACCGACAGCGAUCACCUCACCCACCUCAAGACCAAGAUGAAGAAGAUCUGCGGAAAAACUGAGAUCCACAAACGCUAUUUCCACCACAACGAAGAGCUGCUCCGCAGCCACCCGGACUUCCUCGACGGCACGCUGCCAUCCCUCGACGCCCGCCAAGCUAUCGCGGCCACCGCCGUGCCGGAGCUCGCCGCGGCCGCGGGGGCCAACGCGAUCGCCGAGUGGGGCCGACCAGCGUCUGACAUCACGCACGUCAUCUUCUGCACCUACUCAGCCACCCACAUGCCCGGCGCGGACCUCCGCCUCGCGUCGCUGCUGGGCCUCGGAGCCAGCGUGGAGCGCACCAUGCUCUACUACAACGGCUGCAACUCCGGCUCCGUCGCGCUCCGCCUCGCCAAGGACAUCGCCGAGAACAACCGCGGGGCGCGCGUCCUCGUCGCCUGCGCCGAGAUCACCCUCGUCUUCUUCCGCGCGCCGGACGAGGCCCGCACCGACACGCUGGUGGUGCCGGCUCUGUUUGGGGACGGUGCAGGCGCUGUCGUCGUCGGCUCCGACCCGGAGGAGGGCACCGAGCGUCCGCUCUUCGAGAUGGUGUCGUCGGCUCAGGCAGCCAUACCGUGGACCGAGCACGUCGUCUCCACGACGCUCGGUAAGUGCGGGCUUGUCUACGAGCUUUCCAGCGAGCUGCCGUCGCUGGUUGCUGCCAACAUUGAGCGAUGCCUUGUGGACGCAUGGCAGCCGCUGGCGCUGGGCCAGCUGAUGAGUGGCGACUGGAAUGACCUCUUCUGGGUGGUGCACCCCGGAGGCCGCGCCGUCUUGGAUGGCGUCGAGGAUGCUCUUGGUCUGGAUGAGUGCAAGCUCAAAGCAAGCCGCCGGGUGCUGAGUGAGUACGGUAACAUGAGUGGCGUCACCAUCAUCUUUGUUCUUGAUGAAAUGCGUCGUCGAUGCCGCCACAGCAAUGGUGACAAGGAGGAUGGUGUUGAGGAUAUGGAGAAGGAAUCUGAGUGGGGAGCCAUGGUGGGGUUCGGACCAGGGCUUACCGUUGAGACCAUGCUGCUGCGUGCCAUGGGAAAUUAG